GGAGAAUUGGAGGAGGCAGAGGGGUGCAGAGUCAGCAGCCAAAGGAUUGGGGCCUUGCCAGGCUGAUUAAAAGGCUAGGAGACUGAGCUUCACCUGCCCUUGUCCCUGAUUGGCCCUCAGGCAUUGCUAGCUCCCAAAUCCCACUAAGCAAUCCCACCAGGGCCUGCAUAGGUCUGUGGAGAGCCAGUUGGUUGCCAGCUUUAGGGCCAAAAGGUUGUCUGAGGAGGCCAGAGGCUGCCUACCCUGUCCCUUUGCCUGCUGCUGGGACCAUGGGGGCUGGGGCCAGUGCUGAGGAGAAGCAUUCCAGAGAGCUGGAGAAGAAGCUAAAAGAAGAUGCUGAGAAGGACGCUCGAACUGUGAAGCUGCUGCUGCUGGGUGCUGGUGAAUCCGGGAAAAGCACCAUUGUCAAGCAGAUGAAAAUUAUCCACCAGGAUGGUUAUUCACUGGAAGAAUGCCUGGAGUUCAUUGCCAUCAUCUAUGGCAACACUCUGCAGUCCAUCCUGGCCAUUGUCCGUGCUAUGACCACGCUCAACAUUCAGUAUGGAGAUUCAGCCCGACAGGAUGAUGCCCGUAAGCUGAUGCACAUGGCGGAUACUAUUGAGGAAGGCACAAUGCCCAAGGAGAUGUCUGACAUAAUUCAGCGCUUGUGGAAAGACUCGGGUAUCCAAGCUUGCUUUGAACGAGCCUCGGAGUACCAGCUCAAUGACUCUGCUGGCUACUAUCUUUCAGACCUAGAGCGCCUGGUGACUCCAGGGUAUGUGCCCACUGAGCAGGAUGUGUUGCGUUCUCGUGUCAAAACCACUGGCAUCAUCGAGACCCAGUUCUCUUUCAAGGAUCUCAACUUCAGAAUGUUCGAUGUGGGCGGGCAGCGUUCCGAGCGCAAAAAGUGGAUCCACUGCUUCGAGGGUGUGACCUGCAUCAUUUUCAUCGCUGCACUGAGUGCUUACGACAUGGUGCUGGUGGAGGACGACGAAGUGAAUCGAAUGCACGAGAGCCUGCACCUGUUCAACAGCAUCUGCAAUCAUCGCUACUUCGCCACUACAUCCAUCGUGCUCUUCCUCAACAAGAAGGACGUUUUCUCCGAGAAGAUAAAAAAGGCACACCUCAGCAUCUGCUUCCCCGAUUACGAUGGACCUAACACUUACGAGGAUGCUGGCAACUACAUCAAAGUGCAGUUCCUCGAGCUUAACAUGCGACGUGAUGUGAAGGAAAUCUAUUCUCACAUGACUUGCGCCACGGACACACAGAACGUCAAGUUUGUCUUUGACGCUGUCACCGAUAUUAUCAUCAAGGAGAACCUCAAAGACUGCGGGCUCUUCUGA